GCUCACAUGCAAAGUAGCAGCAGAGAAUGUCUUAUAUGUAGACGGGCUCUGGUAGCAGCCAGGUCUUGCUGCGUGUUGCCAGAUUGUGUGGGAUUCUGCUCUGGCUUCACUGCGCAUGCGCGUGGGAAGCCUGGGGUAGGCCCUGCUGUUUUUCUAACUCUAGUUCAAUCCUACACUGCCGUCUCAACCAAAACAAGGCGUAAGAAAAUCCCCCUCCUGGACGGCAGAUAAUCGAGGGUUUCCAUCACCAUUGGGUUUGAGUUUUUUUGUUUGGAAGUAAAGCGCUCAAUGACAGUCCACAGAAGCCCUUCUGCAACCGUCCCAACCUAAAGAAGGUCUGAGUCACUUAAUAGCUUAAUAACCUGCAAGCCCCGGAGAUGAAACCACAAAUGGCUGAACUGGAGAGAGAUGAAACAACGUUGAUUUAUUUAAGAGCAGAUUUACAGUGGUUCAGGAGUAUUGCUGCUAUUACAGAAAUAAUGACAUGAGAGGUGGCUAGUGCUAACAUGUGGUGCCUCCAGUCUCACACCCGGAUGAAAGCACAUACACCCCACAGGGACCCACUGCAGGCUUUUCUACUUUGACCUCAGAGUUCUCUGAUUGACCCUGCACACAAAAACAUUAAUAUUCACACACACCUUCUGUCUUGUCCAACAAUUGUCCUCAUUCUAUAUCCUGUGGCAAGCUCCUCUCCUCUUCCUUAAGGCCUGGCGGUUAAUGUACAAAUGUCUACCUCACGCUUAAAGGUCCUCUCUGUACAACUGCGACCCUGAACACACUACAAAAAUGACCUCCAGCAUAGACCGGGAUGACAGCAGCAUCUUUGAUGGGUUGAUGGAAGAAGAUGAGAAGGAUAAAGCAAAAAGAGUUUCUAGGAACAAGUCGGAGAAGAAAAGGCGAGACCAGUUCAAUGUGCUCAUCAAGGAACUGGGCACCAUGUUGCCGGGCAACACCCGCAAGAUGGACAAGUCUACUAUCCUGCAGAAGAGCAUCGACUUCCUGCGCAAGCACAAAGAAAUUGCCGCACAGUCUGAGUCGAGUGAAAUCCGUCAGGACUGGAAGCCGCCCUUCCUUAGCAAUGAGGAGUUUACACAGCUGAUGCUGGAGGCACUAGAUGGCUUCUUUUUGGCCAUCAUGACGGACGGAAACAUAAUCUAUGUGUCAGAAAGUGUCACAUCUUUAUUAGAACAUCUCCCUUCUGAUCUUGUAGAUCAGAAUCUGUUGAAUUUCCUUCCACUGGGUGAGCACUCAGAGGUGUAUAAAGCCCUGUCCACACAAAUGCUGGAUGGAGAGACCCUCACCCCAGACUACCUAAAAACAAAGAACCAGUUAGAGUUCUGUUGCCACAUGCUCCGGGGCACGAUCGACCCGAAAGAGCCGCCCGUUUAUGAGUAUGUCAAGUUCAUCGGAAACUUUAAGUCCCUCAACACUGUGCCUAACUCAACACGUAACGGCUUUGAGGGAGUGAUCCAGCGAUCGCUGAGGCCCAUGUUUGAAGACCGAGUGUGUUUCAUAGCAACUGUGAGGUUAGCCAAGCCUCAGUUUAUCAAGGAAAUGUGUUCUGUAGAGGAGCCCAAUGAGGAAUUCACCUCCAGACACAGUUUAGAGUGGAAAUUCCUCUUCUUGGACCACAGGGCACCCCCCAUCAUAGGCUACCUACCCUUUGAGGUUCUGGGUACUUCAGGGUACGACUACUAUCAUGUGGAUGACCUGGAGACCCUAGCCAAGUGCCAUGAACACUUGAUGCAGUAUGGUAAGGGGAAGUCAUGCUAUUACCGUUUCCUGACUAAAGGUCAGCAGUGGAUCUGGCUUCAGACUCACUAUUAUAUCACCUACCACCAGUGGAACUCACGGCCGGAGUUCAUCGUCUGCACCCACACUGUGGUCAGUUAUGCUGAAGUGAGGGCUGAACAGCGCAGGGAGCUGGGCAUUGAGGAAUCACCUCCUGAGAUCUCAGCAGACAAGUCUCAGGACUCUGGCUCUGAGUCCCAGUUGAACACCUCCAGCCUGAAGGAGGCGCUAGAGCGAUUCGAUCACAGCCGCACACCCUCCGCUUCAUCACGGAGCUCCCGAAAGUCCUCAACACACACCGCCGUCUCGGACCCUACGUCCACACAGACAAAGCUGCAGACAGACCAUAGCACACCCCCCCGCCAAUCAGUGUCAGCCAUUGAGAUGACAUCACAGCGGAGGUCCUCUAUUAGCAGUCAGUCAAUGAGUUCUCAGAACACAGGACAGACGAUGGCAGCAUCUCUUGUGUCUCAGCCUCAGCAGCCUCAACAACUUCAGCCCAGUGUGCAGCCGGUGCUGCAGUUUUCCACGCAGAUGGAUGCGAUGCAGCAUCUUAAGGAGCAGCUGGAACAGCGCACACGCAUGAUUGAGGCCAACAUCCAGAGACAACAAGAGGAACUGCGGCAAAUCCAGGAGGAGCUGCAGAGGGUGCAAGGACAGAACUUACAGAUGUUCUUGCAGCCCGGAGGCGGUGGUCUCAAUCUGGGCUCAGUGCAGCUGACGCAGGGAUCAUCCGUGCAGCCAGGGGGCUCUCUGUCCAUGCAGGGGGCAGUGGUGCCGACAGGAGGCCUGCAAAGUGGCCUGCAAUCCACACAUACAGGGACACAACACACUGUCACACAGCAUCCUCAGCAGGCACCGCCACAACAACAGAACCUUCUCAGAGAUCAGAGCUCCAAUCUAAAUCAACAGUCUCAGAGGAUGUCUCACACACUGCAGUCUCCUCAGGGAGCACUGCCUGCAUCUUUGUAUAAUACCAUGAUGAUCUCUCAGCCGGCGCAGGCCAACGUUGUGCAGAUCUCCACAAGCCUAGCCCAGAACAGCAGCCCCAGCGGAGCCGCGGUUGCCACCUUCUCACAAGAUCGGCAGAUACGGUUCCCUGCUGCCCCACAGCUCCUCACUAAGCUAGUGACUGGCCCAAUGGCGUGUGGUGCUGUUAUGGUGCCUACCACUAUGUUCAUGGGGCAGGUGGUGACUGCGUUUGCCCCGCAGCAGGGCCAGGCUCAAACAAUCAGCAUCACCCAGCAGCCGUCUGCGCAGAUGCAGGAGCAGCAGGCUCAGACGCAGUCACAGACAGCUACAGGAACUGCCCAGCAGCAAGGACAGGCCCAGCUUGCCCAGCAGCAAACACAGUUCCUACAGGCCCCUCGGCUUUUACAUGGCAACCAAUCUGCCCAGCUGAUCCUUCAAGCAGCGUUUCCCCUGCAGCAGCAAGGCACUUUUGCAGCUGCAACACAACAACAGCAGCAGCAGCAGCAACUGCAACAGCAGCAGCAACAACUGCAUCAGCAGCAUCAACAGCAACAACAACAGCUGCAACAGCAGCAUCAACAACAGCAGCAGCAGCUGCAGCAGCAACAGCAGCAACAACAGCAGCAGCUGCAACAGCAACUGGCAGCUCAUCGCUCAGACAGCAUGGACCGGUCCAACGCACCACCUCAGUAGCUGACCGCACGUCAGAGACAACAACCAGAUCACCACUGAGCAGUCCUGCAGGCUGAGGGGCUUCUGAGGGGGAUGUUUGGAGCAAAAAAAAAAAAUAGCAGUAUUUGUACUGUUCCCUCUCAGAUACCCUUCCACUGCAUAUAGGUGAAGGGCCUAAACGGGUGUCCUUUUUUUUAACCCUGUGCCCUUUUCGACCUAUGGGUAGUUGAUCAACAGCUGCUUGCACUGAAUUCUGGGAGAGGUCCAACCAUGAAUGCUGAACUUUCUGCAGGCUGGCAAAGAAUCAACGGCAUCUGGUUUUCCAUAAACGGUCUCCUCCACAAUAACUGUUUCCCCCUUGUCUCGUAUGCCCACUGUGUGCCGUCAUCCCUCUAUCACAGGUUUAAUUUAUGCAGAACGAGCCGCAGACCUGAAGAAAUCUUGCAGGACAAACGGCGCCUCUUUCUCUCGGUCCUCCCUUUUCUUCCUCUUUCCUCCUCAUUUUACUUGUCGCAAGUAAUUAUGGGUCAGAAAAUAUUUUUAAGAAUGUCAUGUGGAUUCAACUUUUAUUGUACAGUUCACCUGUAAAAUAAUGUGUAAAUAUAUUGACAAAAGGAAAGAGAAACUAAUAUUUUAUAUGAUGCAUGAGAUGAAAAGCAUAGUCUGUUAUUUGUAGCUUUGAAUAUACUUUUUUUUCUAAUAUUCAGAGGAAAAAAGCUAAACUUAAUACACAUAAUGGUUGAUCUCUUCACAGACACAGAUUUCACAGAUUCUCUUUUCCAGUGGGAUGGGGGUAAGAGUGUGUGUAUGUGCUUGCGCACAUGUGUUUGUGUGUAUGUGUGUCUGCCAAGCAGGCAGUGCUGGAUCCACAGAUUGUGUCACAGUUGGUUUAAAAGGGCCUUCGUGUUUUAGUAAAACUGUUAAAGGAACAGGUGAUCUUUAGAUGUUUUGCAUCAUGUUAUAUACCUUAGUAAUUGAAAAUAUAUAGAUAGGAAUAUUUCAGAGAGAUGUUUAACAUUUGUAAAUAGUUUAAAGAGGAGGCUUCAUAUUUAGUUAGUCAUGCGGUUAAGCAAAAAAAACUAUAGAAACGGUGCUCUGACUGUUUAGCGCAGAAUCAUUAUGGCUUUCAGCGGCCAUUGGCUUUUAAGUAUGGCUGGUAUUUAAACACUCUGCUGAACUGGAACUGAUGCUUAAAACAGCAGGGUUAUGAUGAGGAAAAAUAUAAUUGCAUAGUGUGUAUGAUCCUAAAUG